AUGUCCGAACUCGACCAUACGGAACCGCUGGAGGACAAGCUGGACCGGAUCCGCGUCCAUGUCAACUCCAAGCUGGCCAACCAGAAACAGUUGGCCAUUAUUUUGGGAGCCGUGGAGGAGAAUCUCGAGGAGGAAAAGACCGAGAAGACCGCCACCUCCUACUUCAUUUCUUUCCUUGCUCUGCUAGAGCAAUCGUUCAGCCGCCAGGCCCCCGAUCAGCUCGAGAAUAUCGAUCUAGCCGCCUCGGCUCUCUAUUUCCUCGACCUUGUGUCUCCCUUCGCCAGCGAAUCUCUUCUGCGGGCCAAGUUUUCGCAGAUUUUCGUCAAGCUCGCACCCGUGUUGGGCUCGUCCGAUUCCGAGUCUGCGCUACUCAGAUCCGCCAUUGGCACUCUGCAGCAUCUGCUGCUGGCCCAGGAUGCUGCCUCGUGGCAGACCCCUGCUUCUGAGCUGUCUCCCCGACGAGGAGUGGUUGGUCUGAUGCAUCUGGCCGUCAAUCCCCGUCCCAAGAUCAGAAAGCGAGCUCUGGACGCACUUGCCAAGAUCCUCGAGACCCGAGUAUCUCCAGUGCUCGUCGAGCAUCCUGCUGCCGCAACCUGUGCCGACACAGCCCUGAAGGCCGUCAAGCAGUACCUGGAGAACCACAAGAAGGAGGAUACCGUGGAUGCCGGCUUCAUGCAUGCGCUGGCUCUGGUGAAAACCAUCUGUGGCGUUGGAAUGUGGCCUAUGUCGCAGUUUGACGAACUCUGUCAGCUGCUGCUGUCUAUUUCCAAGACUACCAACCAGAUGCUGAUCCAGGCUACCUUUGGCAUCUUUGAGGGUGUCUUCCGUCACUUUGCCAAGUCUGAAGAGGACGAGAACAACAAGACACGAAAAUUGCUGGUUAUUCUCGAUGCUGUGAUCGACCAGGCUCCCGCCACCAACGACCAGCAUCUUGCUCCUGCCUGGUUUGCUGUUGUUGCCCAGGGAGUGGGUGCUCUUGGAGAGGUCAACCCUGAUAAGGGAUUGGCCAAGACCCCCGUGGUUUUCCAGAAGGUAUGUGCCUAUCUCGACUCUGAGGCCGACAGUGUGCGAACCUCUGCUUCCCAGUGUCUCGUUGCUCUGUGUUCUUCCAUCAACCAAAAGUCGCUUCAGAACGGCGACAAGUGGCUGUCCAAGCUCGCGGAGAUGGCCACGAUGCUUCUGUCCGUCCAGACCCGGGCUUCUCUCGUCGACUCUACGAACGUUGUGGCAGCUCUACUCGACACUCUCAGAUGGAAGUCCGACCCCUUCCUUGUGGAGGCUGUGACAAUUAUUGGAGGUCUCCGAACUGAGGAGUCCUUCGUUAACGGCAUUCCUGCUCUCGACAACGCUCUUGGGUCCGCUAUUCGUGCCAUGGGACCUGCCAAAGUGCUAGAACUGCUCCCCCUCAACCUUUCAAACCCCUCUUCUGACAGCCCCGGACGAGCCUGGAUGCUCCCUCUACUGAGAGACAACAUUCACAAUUCAGAGAUUGCCUUUUUUAAGAGCGAGUUCUUGCCACUGAUCGAGUAUUUUGACGACAAGAUCUCGACUACCAAGGGCGCCACCGCAAAGGUCUUCGAGGCUCUGCUGGCCCAGGUCUGGUCCGUUCUGCCCCGUUUCUGCGCUCUGCCCAUGGAUCUCCAGCAGUCGUUUGACCAGUCUUUUGCCGAGCUGCUCUCCAACAAGCUCUAUUCCAACAUUGAGAUCCGACCUGUUAUCUGCCAGUCGCUGCGUCUGCUUGUCGAGAGCAAUGUGGUGUACGCCGAGGAGCCCGAGGCUGCUGAGUCCGAGGAUGUGAACGACGACCUGCUGCUUCUGGAGCGAUUCCCCCGAUCCGAGGCCGAGUCUAACGUUGCCUACCUCGGAACCGUGUCUUCCAAGAUUCUUGCGGUGCUCUUCAACGUGUACGGACAAACUAUUCCCGAGUCUCGAGGCUUCAUUCUCGAGUGCAUCAACGCCUACCUCGGCAUCACCCCCGCCGGCGAAAUUGGCGACAUCUUCGAUAACGUGUGUGGAAUGCUUCACAAGGCUCUGGAGGAUGAGGCCAAGGAGUCUAAGCCUGAGAAGGACGCCCUGCCAGCAAUGUCGCUCACCAUGCUUGACAUUCUCAUCGCCCUCGUGCCUUACAUCCCUGCCUCUUCUCACAACACUCUGCUGACCGUCUUUGUGCAGAUGAUCCAGAACUCCGACCCCAACCACCAAAAGAAGGGCUACCGUCUUUUGACCCGUCUGGCCGAGGCCGACAACAGCUUCGAGACUCUGGAGAAGCAUCUUGACAACAUCUGUGGUGUUGUUCUCGAGUCUGCUGAGUCUGUCACUGCUGUGUCUCGAGGCGCUCGAGUGGCCGCUCUGGCGAAGCUGGUGGCUCUGCUGCCCGAGAACGAUCUGUAUUUCAUCCCCGCUACCGUCUCUGAAGCCGUCAUUGCCACCAAGGACGUCAACGAGAAGACCCGAACGUCCGCUUACAACUUACUGGUUCUCAUGGGCGAAAAGAUGGCUCGAGGAGGAGUAAUUGACAACACUCGAAUCCCCGGUCUCGAGGAUGCCGGUCUGGGAUCCGUCAACGCCAACCUGACUGAGUUCUUCAAGGCCGUGUCUGCUGGUCUGGCAGGAACCUCACCCAACCUGGUGUCUGCCACCAUCACGGGUCUGUCCCGAAUCUUGUUCGAGUUCAAGGACGACGUGCCCAUGGACAUGCUCAGCGAGCUGUCUCAAACCGUUGAGCUGUUCCUGACCUCGCAGAACAGAGAGAUCGUCAAGUCGACUCUUGGUUUCGUCAAGAUUACGGCCAUCUCUCUCCCCAUCGAUCUCGUGGAGCCCCAGCUCAGCGAGCUUCUCCCAAAGCUGCUGCACUGGUCCCACGAACAUAAGGGCCAUUUCAAGGCCAAGGUCAAGCACAUUGUCGAGCGUCUGAUUCGACGGUUCGGCUUCGACACCAUUGAAAAGCAUUUCCCCGAGGCCGACAAGAAGCUGCUGACCAACAUCCGAAAGUCUAAGGAGCGAUCCAAGCGAAAGCGAACCGAGGAGAAGGAGGAAGAUGCUCCCAUGUCGUCUACCAAGCCCAAGAAGGAGUUUGCCUCUGAGUACGAGCGAGCUCUGUACGGAGACUCGGAUUCUGAAGACGAGGAUGACUAUGAGGAGGAGGAGACCACCAAGCGGGCCUCCAAGUACAUUAUGAAGUCCGACGACCCUCUGGAUCUGCUGUCGCAGCAGGCUCUGGCUCACAUCACUUCUUCCAAGCCUAGAGGAAAGAAGGAGCCUCUUCUCAAAUCGUCCAAGUUCAAGACUAAUGAGUCCGGUAAGAUGAUCUUUAAGGAGGAUGAGGAGGAGGACGUGAUUCCCCAGGGCUCGGCCAUCGACCAUUACGUUGAGGCCAUCAAGAACGGACCUGUGCGAGGACAGAAGAACAAGUACAAGUAUAAGAAGUCAAAGGGAGGAGAUGACGACGGAGGAGAUGAUGACGACGUGGUGCCCAAGCGACCCACCAAAAAGUUUUCUCGAGGUGGCGUGAGCAAACCCAAGGGCAAGCCUCAGCAGCGACGAAAGUUUUAA